CAAUGAUCUUAGUUUUCACAUCCAAAGAAAUUUCUAAACCACGCGGCACGGGUCUUAAAAUCACUCAACUUAUUCCACAAUACUUGAUGAACACAAACUAAUCCUCUUCUGACACGAAACUGUACUAAACUAAUUUUGAAAACAUUUGUCUACAUAUUUUUGUCCCUCAUAAAAAAAUGCUUAUAUUCAAACGUGUAUUGUGUUCAUUGCAGAUAAUGAAAAAACAAGGAAUUUAUUUUUUCUACUAAUAACGCAUUUGUUUAUGGAGCAAUGAAGUAUGAAUUCGUUUUCUAAAGGUAUUUAGGUAAAUAUUCAUAUUUGAGUAUGUACUGUCGUCCAUUACUGUACAUAUACUCCCAGAACUAAGGAUGUUCCUUUUAAAAAAGAAAAUUAUAAUUAUUCAAGUAGCAAGCUAGUAUUUUGCCUAAACAACUAUGCUUCUGAACUCAAUAGUGUUGGAGCUUUGCACUAGUCGGUAAAAUGCCCCUAGUUCGUGGAGUACCGGGUGCAAACAGAGUACUCGGUUCACGCCUCAUUGUAUCCAUAUUAACCGCUCAUCAUCGCCGCGCAUUUAACCUCCGUUUAACAUAAAAAAUGCAUCCUGUUCUCCGCACUGUUAGCGUCUUCAUAACAUGUCACUCUUUUAAGGUGGCGUCAGCGUUGGCCAAUUGUGUAAAUGGCAUUCCUGUACUGCAAAUAGUUGAACAACAAUCAUGUCAACGCCUUUUUGCUGGUCAAGCUAUGAGCGCGCUGUAAAGGACGAAAAUUACCGUCAAGUAACUCCUGUUUAUCAGAUGCUCUAUUUCAUUCUCGCGUCGCCUUUUUAGCGUCCAUAUAACAUGAUUAUUGCACACAUUUAGGUUAUACUAACGAAUAGCAGUAUCAAAGCUAUAGCAACAAUAUUAUUUAUCCUCAAGUCAUACAUUUGAAAAUGAACCUAUCUGCUAACAUAUUUCAAAUCAACAGUGAAAUCGUGGCAGAUCUACUAUUAAUUGAUUGUAAAGUUUCUUCGCAACUUGUAGCGUGCCCGCACAAAGGUUGUAACAAGAUGUUCAGGGAUAAUUCUGCGAUGAGGAAGCAUCUGCACACGCAUGGACCACGUGUGCACGUAUGCGCUGAAUGCGGCAAGGCUUUCGUCGAAUCCAGCAAGUUGAAGAGGCACCAGCUGGUGCACACGGGGGAGAAGCCCUUCCAGUGCACAUUCGAAGGGUGCGGCAAACGCUUCAGUUUAGAUUUCAACCUCAGGACACAUGUCAGGAUCCAUACGGGUGAUCGGCCAUAUGUAUGUCCGUUCGAUGGUUGCAACAAGAAAUUUGCUCAGUCUACCAAUCUUAAGAGUCAUAUCUUAACUCAUGCUAAAGCUAAGUCUAGGAAUAAUAUGCAGAGGCAACCAAAUACCAUACAAAUGAUACAAUCACCUUUUGUACAAGUCGAAGUAGCUGAUCCUGAUUACAUUGUUUAUACAGAUUAAAACUGGUCAGGUGCCAUGUAAAUAAUAGUUGUAAGUUGAACUCCUAUUUUUAGAACGUGAGGGAGCAUAUGGGAUGUAUGCAAUGUUUACAACUUUGUACACAUUUUGAUAUGCCGUUCUAAAUUCGUAUAAUUUCAAAGUGGAUUGGAACUACUUAACAAAAUUUAUCAACAUCAACAAGGCCUGUCCAAUGAGCAUAGAUUGUAUUUUUGAUGAAUUUCGAUUUUGUUAUAGUAACUAUUUACAUUGCGAUUAAAAUUAGAUUUUGUUCUUUGUACAGUCAAUCAAUUGAUUUGUGUUUUGCACUAUGUUCCAAACUUGACUCGAAGUUUUCGAAAAUUUGAUCUAUGCCGGCCAUGUGAAUCUGAAAUUCGGCUUACACGUUGAAAACUUGACAGACUGUCAAAAGCAGUGUUAGUCCAAGAUUUGGAAUUUGAAGUGCUUUUGUAUUUUAUAAGUACAAUUAAGAAUUGACUGAAUUUUUUGUAUUCAGGUAUAUUUUGUACUGUAAUGGUAUUUAAGUGAUUGUGAUUUAUUUUCUCCUGAAGUUUACGCGUUAUUUAUAAUUACGUGCAUUAAGUGAAUUGUAAAAUAUCUAGGUGUACAUAAAAGAGUAAUACAUAAUUUUUCACAAAC